CAUCAUACUCCCGCAAAUCAGCAAAUCGAAACUCACUCUCUCUCUCUCUCGUUCCGUCGUCAUCCAUCCACUCCUCCAGUCCUCCCACAUACAACCAAACAAACAACAGCCAUCCACUCUCUCUCUCUCUCUCUCUCUCUCUCUCUCUAGUCAGAUGGCGGGUGUACUCGAAACCCUCACUGUCCCCCGUGCCACCACUUUCCCGGCUGCCACGUUGGCUCCGAUUAGGAGUUCAUCAGUUCGAUCACUAUCAGGCAGCCGGAGAUCCGUCAACAUUCAGUCCAGUUAUAUGACUAGCUCUCGGGGAUUAGUGAGUCGGAGACUCGGUCGCCGUGGUAGUCGAAUCGUGUGCGAGGCUCAAGACACGGCUGUUGAAGUUGCUCCCGUCACUGAUUCAACUUGGCAGUCGCUUGUCCUCGAGUCCACUUCUGCUGUUCUUGUUGAGUUCUGGGCUCCAUGGUGCGGGCCAUGCCGAAUGAUCCACCCUGUUAUAGAUGAGUUGGCAAAGCAGUAUACUGGGAUGCUCAAAUGCUACAAGGUAAACACUGAUGAUAGUCCUGCAAUAGCAUCCAGAUAUGGGAUCCGCAGCAUUCCAACAGUUAUGAUCUUCAAGGAUGGAGAGAAGAAAGAUGCAGUUAUCGGUGCUGUUCCUAAAUCAACACUGACCACCAGCAUUGAAAAAUUCUUGUAGAGGUGCGUCUUCUUCUACUUGUUUCACCGUCAAGCUCUUUCUUGUACUUAUUUCUUCUCCCGUUAGUUGAGGAUGAUGGUGCAAGUUCAGACAUGUUGCCUUAAUAAACUCCAAUAUGCUCCUGUAUAGUUUCUGGAUGCUGCUGUAUUUCCUUUUUUCUGUAAUAUGAUGUUAUAUAUGUCUAUUUUCUUGUUUA